AUGUCACCCAGCAGUCCACCACUCCAAUCACACCAGCAGUCCACCACUCCAAUCACACCCAUGUCACCCGGCAGUCCACCACUCCAAUCACACCCAUGUCACCCAGCAGUCCACCAAUCCAAUCACACCCAUGACACCCAGCAGUUCACCACUACAAUCACACCCAUGUCACCCAGCAGUCCACCACUCCAAUCACACCAGCAGUCCACCACUCCAAUCACACCCAUGUCACCCGGCAGUCCACCACUCCAAUUACACCCAUGGCGCCCAGCAGUCCACCAAUCCAAUCACACCCAUGUCACCCAGCAGUCCACCAAUCCAAUCACACCCAUGACACCCAGCAGUCCACCACUCCAAUCACACCCAUGUCACCCAGCAGUCCACCACUCCAAUUACACCCAUGGCGCCCAGCAGUCCACCACUACAAUCACACCCAUGACACCCAGCAGUCCACCACUCCAAUCACACCCAUGGCGCCCAGCAGUCCACCACUACAAUCACACCCAUGGCGCCCAGCAGUCCACCACUACAAUCACACCCAUGUCACCCAGCAGUCCACCACUCCAAUUACACCCAUGGCGCCCAGCAGUCCACCACUACAAUCACACCCAUGACAUCCAGCAGUCCACCACUACAAUUACACCCAUGGCGCCCAGCAGUCCACCACUACAAUCACACCUAUGA